CGCUAAAACUACACUUUCAAGAAUAAACAAAUCAGUGUCACACGCGCACACACAGUUCCACCUCGUCCCUAUAUAAAGCCAUUUUGCGCUAGCAUAUUCUCAUCACUACAUAUCUCACUCAAAAAAUCUCUGAAAUUGCCUGAGACAUUAUUAAAAUGAGUAGCCGCAGCCUCCAAAGUUUAUUCCUCGUACUCUUCAUUAUCGUCUUCUUCAUCAUUCCUUCUAUCCAUGCAACUCAAACCCAUCUGCCAACAGUUCCAGACAGUCUCGGAACCCACCAUGUUUUCCUUCACAAAGUUUCUGAAUUGAAAGCCCACGCACAAAAAUUCCAAGAAACCCAGCUCCACCCAUCAACCCUUUUGGUUGUAGCAGGAAUUCUCUGCUUCAUAGCUUCCUCCAUAUCCAGUGCUGGAGGCAUAGGAGGAGGUGGGAUCUUCGUACCCAUUCUCACCAUUGUCGCUGGCUUAGACCUCAAAACAGCUUCGAGCCUGUCGGCUUUCAUGGUCACAGGAGGUUCUGCUGCGAACGUUCUCUGCAGUAUGUGUACAAAGAGUCCAAAGUAUGGUGGGAAGACAUUGAUUGACUAUGACAUAGCUCUUUUAUCGGAACCUUGUAUGCUGCUAGGAGUGAGUGUUGGAGUUAUCUGUAACCGCGUAUUCCCCGAGUGGCUGAUCACUAUUCUGUUUGCUGUUUUUCUGGCUUGGUCCACGGCCAAGACAUGCAGAAAGGGGGUUAUGUUUUGGAAGAAGGAAUCGGAAGAGAUUACGAGGAAGAGUAACGUUGGGGUCGGGCAAGUCGAGGAGAACAGAAUGGGACAAGAAAAUAAUGGAGAUUUGACGAUCUCUGAGGAGCCUCUUUUGGGUCGUCGUCAUCAAGAGAACCAUGACAGAUUGAGGCUUCCUUGGCUCAAACUAGGGAUCCUGCUUUUGAUCUGGUUUUCUUUCUUCACCCUCCAUCUUCUUCUUGGCAACAAGUAUGGACAGAGUAUAAUUCCAAUGGAGCCGUGCGGGGUGGUAUAUUGGAUUCUCUCAUCAGUUCAAAUACCUCUCACUGUAAUUUUCAUUUAUUGGAUCGUAUCCAGGAAAGAGAGCCAUCAAGAUCAGCCUCUAACAAGUCAGGACCAGGAUUUGACUGGAGAUGGACGGCCAAAUAAGCUUAUCUUCCCAAUAAUGGCACUGUCAGCAGGUCUUCUGGGUGGUGUCUUUGGAAUUGGAGGUGGAAUGCUGAUAAGCCCCCUUCUUCUUCAAGUUGGAAUGGCACCUGAGGUGACAGCAGCAACAUGUUCUUUCAUGGUUUUCUUCUCUUCCACAAUGUCGGCGUCACAGUACAUGUUGCUAGGCAUGGAACAUACAGAGACAGCACUAAUAUUGGCAGUUAUAUGUUUUGUGGCAUCAAUGCUAGGUUUAUUGGUGUUGCGGAAAGCAGUCCACAAGUAUGGUAGAGCAUCCUUGAUAGUUUUCGCAAUCGGCAUGGUUAUGGUUUUAAGCAUUGUUCUGAUGACCAGCUUUGGAGCCAUUCAGGUUUGGAGGGACUAUAAAUCUGGGAAAUACUUGGGCUUCAAACUGCCCUGUUAAGGGUCAAGACAAUUGUGUUUACUUCAGCUUUGUGUUAGCCUGCUAGAACUUCUACUCAGUAGUAUUGUAACAUGUCUACAUGGUUAUCACCUCAUGCUAAGAUUAUGGACACUUUGGCUUCUGCAUGAGCAAUAAGAUAUAAAAGGAUCAUCUUUUAGCA